AUGGUAUAUGAGGAUAAAAAACUUGAAUUAUAUAGUCUACAUGCUCACAAAUAUUUAAUUCAACAAGUAAUGCCACAUGGAGCUUUAUUUAGUCAUUCAUGUUUUGGUGAUGAAAGCUUCUUAGGAUCAUUAAAAAGAAGUAGAAGAGAACAACCAACAACUACUAUUAAUAAUAUAUUCGCUGAUGAAAAAAUUUACGACAUGUCAUAUUUAGACCCAAAUGUUCAUCGAGAUUAUUUCGUUUACUUUAAAAAUUUAUACCAGAUUCAAUUCAAUGCAAUUAUUGAUAAUACUUUUUCUUUAUACUGUCGCUUUUUACGUGGAAUUGUUAAAUGUAGCUCAUUGCUAUAUGGUCGAAUGGGUUCCAACUGA